AUGGCCUACGUGCGACUGAAGGGUCACAUCAAGAACAUCUUCAUCGUCGCUGUGUACGCACCAACUUCGACUGCCGAACAGCGCGAUAAAGAGGCGUUUUACUCUCAGUUGCAAGCGCUAGUUGAAAGACUGCCUCGCCGCGAUCUGAUGAUUGCUGCUGGCGAUUGGGAUGGUCGAACUGGAUCUGGCGACCCCACAACCAAUCAUCUUCUUGGCCGCUAUGGGUUUGGUUCCCGAUGUGAAAAUGGCGAGAGAUUGCUGAACUUCGCUGAUCAAAACCGACUGCUUGUCACCAACACAUGUUUCCAGCAUCGCAAAAAACAUCUGCUGACCUGGUAUUCAAACGACGGUCGUACGGACAGCCAGAUUGACUGCAUACUAGUCAGCUCAAGGUUCCGCAGCCGGGUUCACGAUAGCAGAUCGAUGCGUGGUGCCGAGACUGGUAACGCCCAUGGGUCGAACCAUGUCUUCGUCCGUACACGCUUGAAAGUUCAUCUCUCAUCCGCGCGGAAAAUGCCACGUCCUAGACGCCUCGAUGUCGCAAAAAUCCAGCAAGCCAGCACUGCCGAGGACCUAAGCAGAGAAAUCCGGACCUGUUUUACGACCCUAGCCGACGGAGAAGUCAGUAACCAGUGGUCGUCACUGAAGACUUCAGUCUAUGGGGCAGCUGAGAAAAGCCUUGGAUACACCCAGCGACGCCUCAGUGCCUGGAUCAGCGGAAGAACCCUACAGUUUUCUGCUCAGACGGCUCGAGCCAGGUCGCGUAACGAUGACUGUUUCCGCCAACUUCGGAAGAUGACGGCAAAAUCGGCCAGGGAUAACCGGAAGCAAUAUUGGGCUGAAAUAGCUACGUCCAUGGAACAGGCCUUGAACGUUGGUGACACUCGAAAGCUCUACCGCCUGAUCCGCCAAGCUAGCGGUAAGCCCUCUACACUGAGUGACUCUGUUCGCGAUGUGAACGGCGGCUUUAGUGCUGACAACUCGGCCAAAGUCAGGCGCUGGCGUGAGCACUUUGAGCACCAUCUCAACUUCGAUAUCCAACCUACAUCGCCCUUGUUCUCCUCCUCAGCGGAGUUUCUUCCCUCUCCUACCUAUGCAGUGUCAUGCGAUCCCCCCCCCCGCCCCCCGAGGAAGAAGUCGCCGAUGCCAUACGAAAGUUGCGCAACAAUAAGGCACCCGGAAAGGACGGUAUACCCGCUGAAGUCUUCAAGUCUUGUGUCGACACUCUGGCGCCCUGGCUCCAUGAGGUGAUUGAACGAGUGUGGAGACGAGGUUGUUCCUGAUGACUGGGGCUUAGGCAUCCUUGUACCUAUCCUCAAGAAGAGAGAUAGGACGAGAUGCGAGAACUACCGCGACAUAUGUCUCAUCGACGUUGCUGUGAAGAUCUUCGCUAUUGUCCUACUCAGGCGAUUCCAGGUUGUGCGUGACUCAAGGACGAGACCCAACCAAGCCGGAUUCCGUGCUGGACGUCGAUGCGCAGACCAGAUAUUCACACUAAGGCACAUUCUCGAAUUUCGCCAUAACUGCCAACAAUCUACGGUCGUCUGCUUCAUUGACUUUGCCGCCGCGUUCGAUUCCGUUCACCGUGAGUCCCUGUGGCGGAUAAUGGUCCUAGAUGGGGUACCGGCAAAAAUCAUCGCCAUGAUCAAGGCCUAUUAUCGCUCCACUACUGCGAGAGUCCUGGUCCGUAAAAAUCUUUCCCAACCGUUCGGUAUUCGGUCUGGCGUCCGACAGGGUUGCAUCCUGUCACCCAUACUGUUCAACUACGCUAUUGACUGGAUCCUCGAGAGGGCCCUACGAGAGAGCGACGGCGUUGAAUUUGCACCCGGACAUCGACUGACUAAUCUCGACUAUGCCGAUGAUAUUGCCUUACUUGCUUCAAAUUUUGGAUAUCUGCAGUCUAUGGUGUCACGGGUGAACGAGGUCGCUAAAUCGGUCGGUUUGUCCAUAAACGCUGGGAAGACCAAAGUGUUCUCAAGCUGCAUCCCUGACCAGGAGAAGGCACCCCUCGGGAUUGAUGGCUGUCAACUUGAAGUAGAUAGUUUUAAAUACCUCGGGGCGAGGCUGCUGCCUAAUGGACAGAGUAAGGACGACAUUGUCUCCCGAAUCUAUGCUGCCCGCUCGGUUUUCUCAAGCCUUCGGAAAUGCCUGUGGAACCGACGUGACAUCUCCAUCGCCACUAAGAUUCGCGUGUACCGUGCAUCUGUCCGGUUUGUCCUUCUCUAUGGUUGUAAAUGCUGGGCUGUGCGCGUGGAGGAUGAGGGAAAACUGGAGGUAUUUGACCACCACUGCUUGAGGACCAUUCUUCGAGUGAAGUUAACCGACUUCGUCUCAAAUGAGACAGUCCGCGCUCGCUGCGACAACAUCGUAAGGAUAACUCAAGCCAUCCAAGAAAGACGACUGAGGUUGUCUGGGCAUGUUCUUCUUCGUCCACCUCAGGAGCUCAGUGUUACUGCCCUCGAUCCAGCACGUUGUCCCAUUGGAGGCGUCGAAGAGGGGGAUCAGUUCAAAACCUAG